UUUUGAUGAAACAGCGAGGGGACGAGCAGCUUGGAUCACCGAGAAGGAUUUUAUGGAUUUAACUUGAAGAAUAAUCCGGACACACAACUUUACACUUUCACAGUGGAAAAGGACCUUGACCGAAGAGGAACCUUUGCGUUUUGAUUGCGUAACUUGUGGAUUUUGUUAGAUUAUUCGACAGCUAACUUGGCUAGCAUUGUUAGCGUAGCAAUGUUGAGCAGUGGCCGUUGGCUCUUGUUAACGGAGAGGGAGCGUUAGCUAAUCUCGAGGUGUAGCAUGUUAGCCUUGGCAUUAGCUAACUCGCCAGUCUGACAUUUAUACGGUAGAUUACGUUUUCAAAACUAUUAUUUUUGAGGUCUAACUUCGGUAUAUCUUGUGAACUCGUUGCGGAAGCUUUCACGCAGUUUUGUGGACUUUGUGGUGGUUCGGUAGUGUUUGUUGUGACUUGGAAAAAUAAGGACUGUUUCAGAAAGGCCAAAUAUUACCACAAGGACUGAUGUUGAGGGAACCCCAGGCCCGCUGUUAGCUUCACUAGCGGCUUGCAGCGCGGCGGCCCGGGCUUUCCACUAAGGACAAUUCACGACGGACUUGCCCUCUUUUACAUCCAUGUAAGAAAAGAUUUACACUGUGCUUCAUGGACUCCCUUGGAUUUCGUGGCAUCCUGUUGUGUUUUAUCGGACUUUAAAGAACUUACGAGGCAAACUGCGCUGCUCAAUGGCGCUCUGGCCUCACACCUCGAUUAUUUUUCUUUGGCAAUAACAAGGACUCUGUCGCCAUCUGCGAGCUGAACCCUUCCCCAUUUUAGCCCUUUCUUUGUCCACAGUGUUUCAGCGCAUAUAAACAAGGUUUACCUAUUAAAGUCACCAGAUUUAGCCUCCUGUGUUCAGUGUUGACGCUGUUUUAUUUUGUUACCAUACCAGGCCUGUGUUUUUUGUUUUUUCCUUGUGCUUGAUUGACUAAACUGCUUAGACCUGUAAAAAUGUCGUGUGUUCACUAUAAGUUUUCUUCCAAACUGGACUACAACACAGUCACUUUCGAUGGGCUGCAUAUCACUCUCAACGAGCUUAAAAGGCAGAUCAUGGCCCGUGAGCGCCUCAAGGCCACAGACUGCGACCUGCAGAUUACCAACGCGCAGACUCGAGAAGAAUACACAGAUGAUGAAGCCCACAUCCCGAAACACUCGUCCGUGAUUGUCCGCCGAACUCCAAUUGGUGGAGUAAAACCUGCUGGCAGGACGUUCAUUGUAGAUCGUUCUGACACAGCUGUGGUGGGAUCUUCUAGACCCGUAUGUAAAACAAACCCAAAAACAACACUCUCUCUUCCUCCUCUCACCUAUCACUCUCUCCCCCUCUUUCUGGCUUUAGUCACCUUUCUUGAAAACAUUCUGUCAACAAUGAUCAAGCUCUGUGUAUCUUCUGUUCACCGUGUGUUGGCUACAUUUGUGUUGAGAUCUCAACCUCUAUAUGUUAUAUGAUGUCUUUUUUGGGGAGGGUUUCCUGGAGUCACCAAAGUUAAAGUAGUUUGUUGUUUCUCUCUAAAACAAACCUGGUUUAUUGUUUCUGUUUUGAAACUAGCAGAUUAAAGUUUUAAAUUGUGGCUGAAUGAGAUGAGGUUGAUAAGAGAAACAACAGACUAGCCACCAUUGUUUUUGAAUGCUCUGAACUGACCAAUUGUUGAACUGUUGCCACUUUAUAAUUGAGAAAUCAUUUAAACUGUUAAUGACUGUAUUUCAUAAUGAAAUGGUUUUGUAGCCUGCUUCAGGCCAGGCAAAUGUAUUCUAAAGGGGUUUGUAAAAGGAAAACAUGGUAUUUUUGUAUUGAUAAUUCAUUGUCAUUUUAUUUUCUGUGAAAAUAUUUUAUUUAUUAUGUGGUUUAAGAACCCAGUGAAGUAAAGUGUGGCUGGGAUUGAUUGUAAUUAACUUUGAUUACAAUUACAAGACUAAGUUUGUGUGGGUGGAAGAGACUCGCCAGUGAUUUUUAUUUUGAAAGCUUACCCUGCUAAACUUUAAUAUACUCAAAUCUGUUGUGCAAUAACAUUUACCAAUGUCAUUUGUUUUGUCUUGUACAAUUUCACCCUGAAGAUGUUCUAUUCUGCUUUACGUAUGGACUGCGCAUAACCCUUAAACCUUAAAGGCUCACAGAUUUCAUCCUACUGAGUUAAAUGCUUUGAAUUAAUUCAGAUUCUUAAGUGUCUGUUUUGAUAAGAAGCAGGUACUAGUUCAAAGUGUAUUGUUACAACUUUGGUUUGGGGCAUCAGUAAGAAGUUAGUUUUAAUAAGUGAGAUGCUGUGACUUGGUCACUGACAUAAUGCUGUGACAUGAUCACAAAGUACAAUGACACAUCAGUAAAGUAAACAUCUUGUCAAUCUUUUGAGGCCUUCCAUGGUUGCUGCAGUGAGAAGUAUACUGGUGUAGUGUGUCCUGUAAGCUGUAAGCUGCAGAACCUGUCAAUAAAGUUGUUCAGUGGUUCAGUGUCAGAACCGCUUGCACCAGA